GGCGAGUGGUUGUUGUCCUUACCGCGGCGAUUGCAUCGUAUCACAGCCUCUUUCAUCUAUUCCUGCCAACUCGUCAAUAUUGGCAGGCGGUCUUCCACAUGCGUCUUUAAGCUCCAGCUCCAAUAGAUGCUUCUGAACGUUACCGCAACUCUAUUCUUCAACAUGCUGAGAAGAAAAGAGGGUUUGGUGUUUGCAUUGCAGUCUGAGAAGAGAGUUGUUUGCUAACGUUCACAUGAGAACCUUCUAUAGAAAGCGCAGCAAGCUCUUGGUGGGGACGUCACCCUUAGGCUUGAUUAUUAUAAGUGAUCACGCGCAGUCGUUCUGAUGCUCCAGCUGCGAGGACUAUAGCCUCCCUCUCAGCCAAUAAUGUUCUUAGACUGGCCCAAGAUUGGCUUGUUAAGCCCAUGUUCGAGCUGUGCACGCGACCAUCUGCGGAGCUCUUCGAUUCCCAAGGAAUCCGGGUCUUCGUAUUUCGUAAGGCCAAUCAAUCUAGCUAUGGGCGGCCUCCUCUCAGAACUCCCAUCGUCGGAACCUUGAAAAUGCUCGCACAAUCCCCCUCCAGUGCUUCUUUCGAGCCCUUGCCUCGUCUUAUAACCUCGUUGACCCCACGUUCCCGCGCGUCUUUCCCCUCCCUUCUCCGCUAAUGCCCUGCAGAGCAUGGUCCACAAUCUCGCCGAUUCCAUCGUGCAAGGCCCGCUGUGCGGCACUCUCGCCACUAUGUUUUUAUAUGGCAUCAACUGCAUCCAGACAUUCUUUUAUGUUCAAAACUACUCAAAAGACCGCUGGCACCUGAAGCUUCUCGUGGCAGUCAUCAUGACACUGGAAACCGCACACACAAUCCUUUCUAUACAUUAUACCGAGUACUACUUGAUCGAAAACUUUGGCAACGACGAAGCUCUGGGGAUUGCAGUAUGGAGUUUACCGGCUUCUUUCAUUGUCGGGUUUCUACUCGCUUUUAUUGUUGAAAUUGUUUUCAUAUGGAGAGUAUGGCGACUAUGCUUUAAACUAUAUUUUGUUUCCUUUCUUGUUUUCUUGGCCAUCGUGCGACUAGGAUUGGAGUGGGCGAAUUCAAUACUCAACCUCAAGUACCGUGUUUGGGAAACCUUCCGUCCACAUGUAGUCGUAACCUUAACGACCCGGGGGUUUCUUGCCGCUUUUUUAGAUGCUCUCAUAGCUUCAGCGCUGUGCUACUAUCUACAUAAAUUACGCACUGGUAUGAAGAGAACCGACUCGAUUAUUAACUGGCUAGUAUUCUACGCCAUCAAUACUGGUGCUAUCACUUCUCUCGUAGCCAUAUCUGUCCCUAUCCUAGUAAGUCGAUUGAGGCUUGUGUGCAUCAUCGGUUUUACGCCGAACUCCUUCAAGUUUUUACGGCUGCCGACAUCUCUGGCGUUUACCGGAGUCGUAGAAGCUCAGAGCAAAUUAUACGCUGUUUCGUUGCUAGCAUCAUUGAACUCGCGACGUAUCCUCGAGCGUGCCGGCAGAUCCGCCAACACAUUUGAAGGCCUCGACUUCGACGGUGCCCCACCUCCAACAGCGCCGACCAUCAACUUUACAAGCUCCAUCUCUGUUGGCGAACCCCGGCCGAACAGAACUUUUGAGCCUGCGAUAGAGCUAGGUCCUACAGAGACACAUCUACAUGCCGACUCUGAAGAGUCACCUUCGGCAUCCAAGUCGAGAAGCGUCAAAAAUUGUGGCUAUUACGCAUCCGACCUCGUGGAUAUGGCAUCUUGAGCUCGAAUACGUAUUGCCAUCUUCUUAGGACCCUCAUGAUUAUUCUUCAAUGUAUCAUCAUAGUUUAGCUUGCAUACUGUAAUAGCUCAUUUCCAUGGCUACCUUGUUCCGUGUUUGUGUUUAUGUCGAAGAGUUCGCAUAUCAUACACUGGCACCGAC